AUGUUUUUACCCAUUUCUAUUUGGAAAUUUCAGAUCAUUUCUGAUAAAUUCUAAUUUUAAAUCGGUUCAUUCGGAUUUAGAAUGAGGUUCAAUAAUUAGCUGAAGAUGUAAAAUUCUAAAAGUAAAAUAGAUGGUGAUGUUUUUGCUGGUUUCUAUCAGAUUUAAGAAAUUAAUUUUAUAGAAUAAUAAUUCAGAAAUUAAAAUAUUGAAAAUGUAGAUAACACUAACUCAACAUAUAAUAUAAAAGAAUUCUAAGAGAAUUUAAUGAUGAUUAAUCUAAAAUAAAUAAAUUUUUAAUCUCUUUAAAGAACUCAAGAUUUAGUUGUUAUCAUCAAAAAAAUAUUUGCAGAUAAGGAAUGUAGCUAAUACUGA